AGAAUGAACCCAGUGUGGCUGGUCUGGUGGAGUGGUCUCUUUUUGUGUGGAAACUGUAGUCCUGGUGUUGUUAUGCGGGUCACUCAGAAAUGGUUGGACUACAUUUUAUCAGAAGGAAAAGAAGUUUUUCGACACAUGCUUCAACAUGACCAUCUUCCAGAUAUUAUUGGGUCUACACAUGUGUUUGGCUACGUUGACUAUUCAAUUACAGGAAUAACUGUUGAAGAAUUUGACACUUCCCAUAUUGAGGUUCUCCCAACACCGCCAACAGACGUUCAUUUAAAUGUUGAAGGUGCAAUGGCCAAGGUGUUUGGCCAGUGGAGGGUGAAACACUGGUUAAUAAAUGACAAUGGCAAUUUUUCUCUCCGGGUCUCUGGAGUAACAUUAAAAGCUCAGUUUACUACUUUGAAAGACUCAGCAUCUCGUCCAUCUGUGUCUCUUUCUUCCUGCAAUUCUGAAGUGAAAAACGCUAAAGUGCACCUGUCUGGAGGAGCCAGUUGGUUGUACAAUCUCUUUACUGGUUAUCUGGAAAGGCCCAUCAGAGAUAACCUGAAUAACAAGCUCUGUCCAAGAGUGAAUGAAGCAAUUAAAAUUCUUCAGAAGGAGUUGGCCACAUUUCAAGUUACUGCAGAUCUUGAUGUUAAUCAUGAAAUUGACUAUUCUCUCAUAAAUCCUCCACGAGUGCAAAAAACAUAUAUUGAGCUGGAUCUAAAGGGAACUAUACACCAUUCUGGAACACAGGAGCAGCAAGAAGCUUAUGUUCCCUCCAUUAUCCUACCUGACACCAUUCAGUCAAUGAUUUUGGUAGGAUUGCCUGAGCAUUUUUUCAACACUUUAGGAAAAACAUAUUUCAUGUCAGAUAUUCUAAUGCUGACACUUACCGAGGAGCAGUAUCCGCAUGCAUUCUGGCUGAGAACAGGUGACUAUGGUGCCAUCAUUCCCAAGAUGAAGAAAUAUUACCCCAGAUCCGAGGCUGUAAUUUUUACCAUGAAGGCCACCAAGCCUCCUGUGGUUCUCCUGACAUCUCAGCUCACAAUGCAGUUAGAUGGGAUUCUGGAAGCGCUAGUUGUCCUGCCGUAUAUGCUCAAAGAGCAAAUCUUUGCGGUCAGUGUGCAAGCUACUUUCAUCGCUGACAUGGUGCGUCUGUCGAACAUCAAAUUGAAGGUUUCAUUUUUUAUGCAAAGUUUUCAUUUCCGAGACUUCAGAAGUUCUGUCGGCCAUGUUGAUCUUUCAGAUUUGGAGCAUUCACUAGGACCCAUGCUACAAGACUCUGUAGUUCGUGCAAUCAACAGAGGAUUGAGCAGUGGUAUCUCCAUGCCUUCACUUGGUAAUAUAACUCUACAGGAAUCAGCAACAUCAAUCAUUCCGGGAUGCCUAUUGAUGUCGAUGGAUAUGUAUUACAUACCCUGGAAAGAAUUAAUGGUCAUUCUGCCUGAACAUGUGUCAUGAGUCAUGACGUGUUC